AUGCCAGUUUCUCAUAAGGGCCUAUCGAUCGGUAGCGAUACGUUGGACGCUCCAGCAGCAUCAGAAGAGCUAGAAACCCUUCACAACUUCUAUUGGGUGUCUCACAAGGAACCGCACGCGGUUCGGAGACAUGCGAUUCUCAAAUCACACCCGGAAGUGAAAAAGCUUAUGGGACCUGAGCCUCGCACCAAAUACAUUGUAACUGGCGUUGUGCUACUACAAUGCGCCAUGGCCUUCAGCCUGCGCAAUACGAGUGCUCUAUCGUGGAAAUUCUGGCUCUGUGCGUACGUGGUGGGUGCGACGGCCACCCAAAACCUAUUUUUGGCUAUCCACGAGCUUUCUCAUAACUUGGCUUUCCGGAAGCCAUGGCAUAACAAACUGUUGUCUGUGUUCACGAACACACCGAUCGGCAUUCCAUAUGCCGCUUCUUUUGCCCCGUACCACCAGCUGCAUCACAAGUUUCUCGGGGACGAGGUUUAUGACACCGAUAUACCGACCAAAUUCGAGGCGGUCGUUUUGUCAAGCGUGUUAGGAAAAGCCUUCUUUGCAACAUUCCAGAUCUUUUUUUAUGCCUUCAGACCCAUGUUUGUGACUUCGAUCCCGUUGUCUCCGCUUCAUUUGAUAAACGUUGCUUACCAGCUGGCAUUCGAUUACUUCUGGAUAACAAAUUUUGGCAUCAAUUCUUUUCUAUACUUCCUCAUCUCCGCUUUCUUGGCCGGAUCUCUGCAUCCAUGCUCUGGCCACUUCAUCGCCGAGCAUUACCUUCUGAACAUGGAGGAGGCUCUUGUAGGAGGUAAACUUGCAUACAAAAAUACCCCAGCAGAGACCGAAACUAUACAUUCGACCCAGGAGUCUGAGGUAACUCGUCAAGACGUUAAAUUUCACAAAGACUAUGCCCUUGAGACCUAUUCCUACUACGGAAUUUUGAAUUUUUUUACAUGGAACGUCGGGUUGCACAAUGAACACCACGAUUUCCCAUUCGUUCCAUGGUCUCGGCUGUGGGAACUAAAUCGUCUUUGUCCCGAGUACUACCAGGAUUUGCCAAAACACGAUUCUUGGUGCAUGGUGCUUUGGAAUUUCAUCUUCACCCAAGACGUUACCUUGUACAACAGAGUCAAACGAGUCAACCAACAUCUGACCAAGGCCGAGUAA